AUGGGCAAGCCCGAGAGCCCAGUGGGGAUGGUGGAGAUCGCCGGCCGCUCGGGGCAGAAGCACCGAGGCUUCCUGGAGGCGGGGCUGCUGCUGCUGCUGCUCCUGGUGACCGGCGCCCUGGUCACCCUGGGCCUCCUCUACGCCGACAGCAGAGGGAAGCCGCUGCCACUCUUUUCUAGCCGGCUUUGCUUCUCCAAGGAAGAGAAGAACACUGUAAAACGAGCACCCCGAGAGAUCAAAACCCCCAAGGACAAGGUUGAGACCUGCACCACCCCUGGCUGUGUGAUGGCAGCUGCUAGGAUCCUCCAGAACAUGGACCCGUCCAUGGAGCCGUGUGACGACUUCUACCAGUACGCAUGCGGGGGCUGGCUGCGGCGCCACGUGAUCCCUGAGACCAACUCGCGCUACAGCGUCUUCGACAUCCUUCGGGACGAGCUGGAGAUCAUCCUCAAAGCGGUGCUGGAGAACUCCACCUCCAAGGACCGGCCGGCCGUGCAGAAGGCCAAGGUUCUCUACCGCUCCUGCAUGAACGAGAGUGAGAUAGAGAAGCGAGACUCACAGCCCCUGCUGAAUAUCCUAGAGGUGGUGGGAGGCUGGCCAGUGGCCAUGGACAAGUGGAACAAGAGCGUAGGCCCCCAGUGGGAGCUGGAACAGCAGCUGGCCGUGAUGAACGCACAGUUCAACCGGCGGGUGCUCAUCGACCUCUUCAUCUGGAACGACGACCAGAACUCCAGCCGGCACAUCAUCUACAUAGACCAACCCACCCUGGGCAUGCCAUCCCGAGAGUACUACUUCAAGGAGGGCAACAACCAGAAGGUACGGGAAGCUUACCUGCAGUUCAUGGUGUCAGUGGCCACGAUGCUGCGGGCGGACUUGAACCUCCCCGAGAACAACGACCUGGUGCAGGAAGACAUGGCCCAGGUGCUGGAGCUGGAGACACAGCUGGCCAACGCCACAGCCCCCCAGGAGGAGCGCCAUGACGUCACUGCCCUGUACCACAGGAUGGACCUGGAGCAGCUCCAGAACAGGUUCGGUCUAAAGGGAUUUAACUGGACUCUCUUCAUACAAUCCGUGCUAUCCUUUGUCAAAAUCGAUCUGCUGCCUGAUGAAGAAGUGGUGGUCUAUGGCAUCCCCUACCUCCAGAAUCUUGAAGGCAUCAUCGAUGUCUACUCACCCAGGACCAUGCAGAACUACCUGAUUUGGCGCCUGGUGCUGGACCGUAUCAGCAGCCUGAGCCAGAGGUUUAAGGAAGCACGUGCAAGCUACCGCAAGGCACUCUAUGGCACGACGGUGGAGGAGGUUCGCUGGCGGGAGUGCGUCAGCUACGUCAACAGCAACAUGGAGAGCGCCGUGGGCUCGCUCUACGUCAAGGAGGCCUUCCCUGGUGACAGCAAGGACGUGGUCAAAGAGCUCAUUGACAAGGUGCGGGCAGUGUUCGUGGACACUCUGGAUGAGCUGAGCUGGAUGGAUGAGUCAUCCAAGAAGAAGGCCCAGGAGAAGGCCAUGAACAUCCGGGAGCAGAUUGGAUACCCCGACUACAUCCUGGAGGAGGCAAACAAACACCUGGAUGAGGAGUAUUCCAAUCUGAACUUCUCAGAGCACCUGUACUUUGAGAACGGACUGCAGAAUCUGAAGGCUGGCGCCCAGCGGAGCCUCAAGAAGCUUAGGGAAAAGGUGGACCAGAACCUCUGGAUCAUCGGGGCCGCCGUGGUGAAUGCCUUCUAUUCUCCAAACCGAAACCAGAUUGUGUUCCCCGCCGGGAUCCUCCAGCCCCCUUUUUUCAGCAAGGAGCAGCCACAGGCCUUGAACUUCGGGGGCAUCGGGAUGGUGAUCGGGCACGAGAUCACCCACGGCUUUGACGACAAUGGCCGGAACUUCGACAAGAAUGGGAACAUGCUGGACUGGUGGAGCAACUUCUCCGCCCAGCACUUCAGGGAGCAGUCAGAGUGCAUGGUCUACCAAUAUGGCAACUACUCCUGGGACCUGGCUGAUGACCAGAAUGUGAAUGGCUUCAGCACACUCGGGGAAAAUAUCGCCGACAAUGGAGGGGUGCGGCAGGCAUACAAGGCUUACCUGAAGUGGGUGGCAGAAGGUGGCAAGGACCAGCAGCUGCCAGGCCUGGAACUGACCUACCAGCAACUGUUCUUCAUCAACUAUGCACAGGUGUGGUGCGGAUCCUACCGGCCAGAGUUCGCCAUCCAGUCCAUCAAGACUGAUGUCCACAGUCCCCUGAAGUACAGGGUGCUGGGCUCGCUGCAGAAUCUGGGCGCCUUCGCAGAUGCGUUCCACUGCACGAAGGGCUCCCCCAUGAACCCAAAGGUGCGAUGCCGUGUCUGGUAG